AUGUUGAGAUCACAACUAUCCAAAGCAUCACGAAAAUAUUGGACUUCUCGAUUCUUUUCGACGGAGCCUCCAUUCUCCAAGGUCUUGGUUUCCAACCGUGGGGAAAUCUGCCAACGAGUAUUUCGAACAUGCAAAGAGUUGGGUGUCAAGACCGUUGCCAUUUAUUCGACAGCGGAUUCCAAGGCACCGUUUGUCAAGGCAGCCGACGAAGCCGUCUGUGUAGGACCAGCAGCUGCUGGAAAAUCCUACCUGAACGUUGAGAGAGUACUCCAAGUAAUCCGAGACACUGGAGCCGACGCUGUUCAUCCUGGAUACGGUUUCCUCAGUGAAAAUGCAAACUUUUGCCAAUCCAUCGAAAGCGAAGGAGUAGCAUGGUUAGGACCACCAGUAUCUGCUAUUCAAGAUAUGGGUGACAAGAUCCGAAGUAAAGAGAUUGCUGAAGCAGCCGGGGUGAGCAUUAUUCCCGGUUACGAUGGAACCAUUGACUCCAUCGAUCAAUGCGUCGAAGUUUCCAAUCAAAUCGGAUACCCAGUGCUGGUGAAAGCCGCAGCUGGAGGAGGAGGCAAGGGAAUGAGAACGUGCUACAACGACCAAGAAGUUCGAGAAGCCUACCCAAUGGCAAAAUCCGAAGCCAAGCAGUUCUUUUCCGAUGACAGACUCCUUGUCGAAAAGUUCAUCGAGAACCCCCAUCACAUUGAGUUCCAAGUUCUCUGCAGCCCUCCUGCUGGAGGAAAAUUGGAAAAGCCAGAAGACCUUCAAGUGGUAGUCUUCCCAGAACGAGAGUGCAGUAUUCAAAGACGCAACCAAAAGGUUGUGGAAGAGUCUCCAUCCUGCCUCCUUACAGAUGAAACUCGCCAAAAGAUGGCCGAGCAAGUCAAGAUGCUGUGCCAAAAGGUCGGAUAUGUCUCGGCUGGUACCGUCGAAUGGCUUGUCGAUGAGGAACAAAACUUUUACUUCCUUGAAAUGAACACUCGUCUUCAGGUCGAGCAUCCCAUCUCUGAAGCAGUUACAGGAGUGGAUCUUGUCAAGGGCAUGCUCUGGGUCGCUGCAGGACGCGGACUCCCACCAGAAUUUCAAAUUGAUGGACUCAUCAUGCCUUCCAAGGGACACGCCAUUGAAUGCCGUAUCUAUGCCGAAGAUCCUCUUCGCGGCUACUUGCCAAGCACCGGACCUCUCCUGCCUUACAUCGAACCUCAUGCAACUGGUGAGGGCGAAAGCUACCUCCGAUUGGAUUCAGGAGUUAUUCAAGGUCACGCCGUGACACCCUUCUACGACCCCAUGCUCUCCAAGAUUAUCUCCUACGCUCCCACUCGACGUGAAGCCAUUGACAUCAUGACCAAGGGAUUAGAUGAAUAUGUCAUUGAAGGUGUCCAGCACAAUGCUCGACUCUGUAAUGCAGUACUUCGUCAUCCCGCAUUCGUAAAGGGAGAGACUCCAACCUCCUUUUUGCCCAGACAUUUGCCCGACUGGGCCGGUGUCCAGCUCACUCUGGCUCAAGAAGAGGAACUGGCCGUUGCCGUUGCCUUGAUUGGAAUGACUAGAGAUUCCUUCUUGCAACGUCCUACAGUUGUCCCAUCCUUUGAACCGAUGGUGGUCCGAUUGGGGGGAUUCUUUGGGGACGCUUUCAGAGUCACCAUGGGAGACGAGAAGAGUGCCAUUGUCCAAAAGCUUGGAGAUGAUGGUGCCGAAGCACGAACAAUUUUGGUGAACUCGAUCAAGUAUGACCCAACUCGCUUCACUGCGAGUGUCAGCAUGGACCGCGAGAUGCGAUCUAUCCAAGUCAUGAAUGAGGAUAGUGAGGGUGAAAUGAAGGUACAAAUGUACGGAGCUGACAUGCCAUGCUUGAUCCAAAGUGAACGAGAAUACCAAUUGAGCCAAUAUAUGCAUGUCCCCAAGAUGGUCGACACCAGUGACAUGGUCAUGAGUCCCAUGCCCGGAACCCUCAUUAGCUUCUCAGUGAGCGAGGGUGAUCAUGUCGAAAUUGGACAAGAGCUCUGCAUUGUCGAAGCCAUGAAGAUGCAAAACAUUGUCCGUUCCCCACGCACUGGAACCAUUGGCAAGCUCAGUGUCCCGGAAGGAGCCUCCUUGGUGACCGACCAGAUCAUUAUUGAGUUUGGAGUUGAGGAAACCGAAGAAGCCGCAUAA